UUUUUAAACUUGCACAUGUUGUAUAGUCAUAAUCUCAAAUCAUAUUUGGCAAAAGAUAACGUCGCAACUUUGGCAUUGAUCGUAUUACUCUUCAGUUGUUACCCUGAACUUGAGCUAAUCAGACAUGACGCAGCUUUUGUUAGAUGCCGAUUGCCUUCUAGAAAUAUCACCAAAUGAGUGGCCUACUUUACAAAAUCUGUACGCCUCGAAGAAAACUGAAUCUAUUGGAUAUAAUUUAAUCAAAAAUUAUAUUGAAUGGAUUGACAAGAAGCUCAAUUUGGAUGUGAAAUGUUUCACGCUCGAUGAAGACUGGAGAAAAGACGGCACUUUUAUCAUGAUUGCGAAGCAUGGAGGAAUUCUGGAUUAUGUCUAUUUUAACACCUUAUGUGACGACCUUGAUCGUUUGAUAAGAUUACUCCACGCCUUCACAACUCAGACCAAAGCUUCUUUAAAUUUAUAUGGUUAUGGACAACGAUUAAAGCCAGCAGUUGAUGAUUGUAUAAAGAAACUUGGGCCUAAGAAGUUCCAUGAAAGUGUAGAGACAGCUUGGUACAAGGCCAGCAAGGAAUUGGUUGCCACAUUCUCCACAGAAACUCCUCCUGGCAUUACUUUACGAAAAUUGGAGAUUGAAGACGCUGAAACCGUAAAUGAACUAUGGCCACAUCAUGACAAGGGAACUAUUAAAUUUGUAAAGCAUGUCAUAAAAAAUGACUUAACUAUAGCAGCCUGUGAUAGUAAUGGAAAAUUGCUAGCUUGGUGCUUGAGAUUGCCGUUGGGUUCAUUGGGUCUGUUGCAAGUUCUGUCAUCCCAAAAGCGUUUGGGACUCGGCAGUUUAAUGGUGCGUGUUCUAUCAAAGAAGAUUGCAGAACAGAACCUCGACGUUUUUGCUCCUGUGGUCACCGAGAAUACGCCAUCGCGACGAAUGUUUGAGAAACUGGGAUUCGAGAAAAUAGAUGACAUAUAUUGGACGCUCGAAGAAUAUUAA